GGAAGUAAACAACUUGUCUUAGAAUAAUGGUUAAAUAGAGAGAGAGGGGAUUGUAUUUAAUAAAGUCUUAUGAAAUUGUCAUGAUAAUGUAAAAAAAUUAUAAGGUCUAGCAACGACAUAUGUAUUCGUUGACAAGCCUAUACAUAGUGUGCUUAUUGCCUAUUUGCUUGUCUGUUUUGAAUGAAUAGGGUUGUCUAAUCUUUUCUAAUAGGAAAUUUUGAAACAAUCGUAAUUUAGGAAAUGGAAAAAUGAUGUUUAUUUUCGUCCAAAUGUAAAAAUUUGCUUUUCUGUAUAUGUAAAAUAUUCUUGUUUUACGAUGACCACUAAGUUUAUUAUUUUAGAUAAGAUAUUAGGCAGUAAUGUAUGCAAACAUGCUAUACAAAACUCUAAAUAUGUAAAAUUUAAAUAUGAUCACAACGAGAAUUGUUUUAUUGUAAAUAUAAACAAUAAUAAUAAAGACAAAAACAUUUUUAGUUCUGAAUCAAGUGCAAAAUUAGCUGGACAUUUAGAAUCAAAUACUUUUAAAGUAGAUAGAGAUAAAUUUGUAAAAGAGGUUUUAAACAAUUCCAAUAAAACUUAUCCACUGCACCCAAGCCCAAAAAAAGUUGUUCUAGAUUUCAGUUCCCCAAAUAUAGCAAAACCAUUCCAUGCUGGCCACUUAAGAUCGACGGUUAUUGGUAAUUUUAUAGCAAACAUUAAUACCUUUUUUCAAAAUAAUGUAAUCAAAAUUAAUUAUUUAGGUGAUUGGGGAACCCAAUUUGGAAUACUACAAUAUGGGUUAAGAUCAAAACAAAUUGAUAUUAGUAAAUUUGAAACAGAUCCUAUUAGACAAUUGUAUGAAAUAUAUGUGGAGGCUAAUAAAAUGGCCUCUAAUGAUGAAAAUGUACAACAGGAAGCAAGAAAAUAUUUCGCAAACAUUGAACAAGGUAAAACAAGUCUAGAAAAUUGGAGAAAAAUCAGAGAAAUUACAGUUCAAGAGCUAGAAAGAGUUUAUAAAAGAUUGGGAAUUCAUUUUGAUACUUACAAUUGGGAAUCAGAUUACAAUGGAAAUGCUAUUAAGGAAGUAAUUAGACUAUUGGAAGAAAAUAAUAUAAUCAGUGAAACAGAAGAAGGCAAGAAAGUUGCUCAGUUCAGAGGGAAAGAUAUUACGGUUCUAAAGAGUGAUAAUUCCACUUUGUAUCUAUCUAGAGAUAUAGCAGCAUUAUUAGACAGAUAUGAUAAAUAUGAGUUUGAAGAAAUGUUAUAUGUUGUGGAUAAUGCACAGAGUGAUCAUUUUGCUGCAGUUUUUGAUAUUGUUAAACAAAUUAACAGUAAAUGUGCAAAUGCUUGUGAACAUGUAAAGUUUGGUAGAAUCAAAGGCAUGAGCACAAGAAUGGGAAAUGUUGUUUUUCUUAAUGAUAUAUUAGAUGAAGCUAAACAUAAAAUGCAGGAGCAACAAAAAGCAUCAAAAAACACUAGAAGUUCUGCAAUGACUGAAGAAACUUGUGAUAUUCUCGGCAUCACUGCAGUUGUGAUGAAUGAUUUGAAACAGAAGAGACAGAGAGAUUAUAUCUUUGAUUGGGAUAAAGUUCUCCAGAGUGAAGGAGAUAGUGGGAUAAAGUUGCAAUAUCUUCACUGCAGACUGUUCAGUCUAGAACAAAAUAGCGGUGUGAAGAUACCCAAUGUUUGUGCACCAGAAUAUCUUAAAGAGGAAGUUGUUGGUGAUGUGGUGGCAGAGUUAGCAAGAUAUGAAGAUGUCUUGCAUAGAGCACUUAUUGAGAGAGAAGCAUGUAUCAUUGUUAAUUAUUUAUUCCGUCUGGCUAGACAUGUAAAUAGAAUGUUUACUGAGUUAAAUGUAAAAAAUGCGCCUAAUGAUGUUGCAGCUCAGAGAUUAUUAGUGUUUCAUACUGCACGAAAGGUUGUUAAAACUAGUCUAGAAAUCUUAGGAGUAAGACCUUUAUACCAAAUGUAAUAUUUAUAAGAAUAAAUGUU